AUGCAUCAAGUCAAGUACUUCGCUAACGUCAACGCCAGUGACAACCUCCGAAAGAUAGUAAUGAGAUUACCGGAUUAUCUCAUUCAGAAAUGGAAAAGCAUAGUAAUAAAUAUUAGAGAGAGACGGAGAUCCCCUACGAUUGAAGAUUUUAGUACCUUCUUGCGAAAACAAGUAAAGGCGGAAUAUGAUCCCGACUUUGGAGAUAUGUCUCUAAAACCUCCAAAGUACGACCCGCGAAAGGGCGAAGCAAGAGAAAGACACGGAAUUAACGCAGCACAAAGGAACGACCAUUCGAAAGCCUUGAAAUGUUAA